CUGCCGCCGGCACUGUGUGUAGCAGCCUUAAGAUGCCGGAACAGAUGCUAGAAAAAGUCCCACACUUUUUUGUGUGCCCACUGCUAUUUCUCGCCAGUAGUCGCGAUGCGAAUAUGAUCACUCUUCAUUGCUCACGUAUCUGUUCUCAGCGUAUUUAUUGUGACGACAAUAUUUCAAACUUUUUACAAGUUAUUACGAACCGUGUACACGUUCUUCAGCAUGGACGUAUCUGAGGCAGGGUCACCUUUCAUACUGGGUAGAUGAUGACCUGAACCUGUGAAGAAGGC